GUCAAUUUCAUAAUGCUGGAAAACAGCCAAAGCAGCCAAACUGUUUUCAUGGUACCACCUCAUUGUGAAGUAUUAUUCACAUCUUGUGUUGGCUACUAGCAUUAGCAUUAGGAUUAACUGAAUCUCUAUCUUUCAUAGCUUCUUCUCUUUUGGUGGUAGUAGACUAGUAGAGUUGAAAUACAGUAAAUAGAACUUUGGUUUUCUGUAAAUUGGCUUCAAAUGGCAGACACCAAAGAAGGUAUGACUCAAGAACAGCACCAUGUCACCAUAGAAGCUCCUCAAGCACUGCAAGACAAGGGAGAAGAAGUAAAAGAAGUUGAAGAGAAGCCUCAGAACAAGACAAAGACUAAACGAGUGGCUUCCUUGGAUAUUUUCAGAGGCCUCACUGUUGCGUUGAUGGUACUGGUUGAUGAUGCUGGAGGAGAAUGGCCGGUAAUUGGGCAUGCACCAUGGAAUGGUUGCAAUCUUGCUGAUUUUGUGAUGCCAUUUUUCCUAUUUAUUGUCGGAGUGGCAAUUGCACUUGCUCUCAAGAGAAUACCAAAAAGGUUAAUGGCUAUUAGAAAGGUAAUUUGGAGAACUAUCAAACUUCUCUUCUGGGGUCUUCUUUUACAAGGUGGUUACUCUCAUGCACCAGAUAAACUUACAUAUGGUGUCGAUAUGAAAAGAAUAAGAUGGUGUGGCAUUCUCCAGAGAAUUGCUCUUGCUUAUCUGGUAGUGGCAUUGUUUGAAAUCUCAACAAGAAAUGCUCAAGUUAAGGAUCUUUCACAUCAAUGGUUCUCUAUAUUCAAGAUGUAUAUUUGGCAUUGGGUGUUAGGAGCAUCUGUUUUAAUUAUUUACCUGGCUGUGUUAUACGGAACUCGUGUUCCUGAUUGGCACUUCAUCGUCCACAAUGAAGAUAGCACACUUUUGGGCAAGAUGUUAACUGUAACCUGCAAUGUCAGAGGAAAAUUGGAUCCUCCUUGUAAUGCAGUGGGUUAUGUUGACAGAAAAGUGCUUGGUAUUAAUCACAUGUAUCAACAUCCAGCUUGGAAGAGAUCCAAGGCUUGCACUUACAGUUCUCCUCAUGAGGGACCUUUUCGGGAUGAUGCUCCAGCAUGGUGCGUAGCACCUUUUGAACCAGAAGGAAUUCUGAGCUCAAUUUCUGCAAUCCUCUCUACAAUCAUUGGAGUUCAUUUUGGACAUGUUCUUAUACAUAUGAAGGAUCACUCAUCCAGACUUUGGCACUGGACUGUCAUGGGUUCAGCUCUUUUGAUUUUUGGAAUUACUCUUCAUUUUACACAUGCUAUUCCCUUAAAUAAGCAACUGUAUACUCUCAGCUAUGUUUGUGUAACGGCAGGAGCAGCAGCUCUAGUGUUCUCAGCAUUCUAUGUCCUGGUUGACAUUUGGAAAUUGAGGUAUCUGUUUCUGCCACUUGAAUGGAUUGGUAUGAACGCCAUGCUUGUAUAUGUCAUGGCAGCUGCAGACAUUUUCGCAGGAUUCAUUAACGGGUGGUAUUACGACAACCCUCAUAACACACUGGUACAUUGGAUUCAGAAGCACAUAUUCAUUGACGUUUGGCAUUCAACAAAAGUAGGGAUUCUACUUUAUGUCAUCUUUGCAGAGAUACUGUUCUGGGCUAUUGUUGCUGGCAUUUUCCACCGGUUGGGAAUUUACUGGAAGCUUUAGUUUCAGUGCUUGAUGCAUUUUGGUCCUUUUCUAGCUUUGUUAAUUAUAGCACCAUAUUUCAUCAUAACUGAUACCUUCUGCUACCUGUGUAAGGUUUUAUAAGCUGAUUUGUUACUGAACUCAA